AUGGGUUAAAUUUGUAUGAGAAAUUGUUGUAAUGAAAGAGGUCCAGACGAAGAUUUUUGUAUUAUGUUACCUAAUAUAUUUUCAUCAAAUAGUUAAAUAAAAUCAAUUUAAUAAGAAGAAGGCAGAAAAAUAAUAUUAUUGAUGUAAUCUAAUCUAUAUGAAGAAAUUCAAUCAAAGCUUGAAAAUGAAUAAAAUAACACUUAAGAAAGCUAAUAAAUUGUACUGAAUGUAUAAAACUUAAUUAUUCUAAGAUAUUUCUUUAUUUUAAUUUUAAAGAAGAAGAUGUUAAGAGAUGUUUUAAUCUUCUAAAAACUAAUGAUGAUUACAAAGAGAAUCUAAAAUUGAUUGGAAUCUAUAGAGAGUCUUCUUUAAAAUAUUAUAAGAAAUAAUUGUGUUCAUUAUGCCAUUUAGAAAAUAUGGAAUGUUAUAGUUUAAGAUGUUAACAUAUUUUUUGUAAAGAUUGCUGGAAUUUAAUGAUAGAGAUUUAAUUAUCUAAUUUUAUACCUAUUGUGAAAUGUUUAGAAUAUUAAUGCUUAGAAAGAUUACCUCAUUAAUUCCUUGAAUAGUAUUAAUUGUACAAAGAAAUUUUGGUAAAGAGAAUGUUGGAUAAUGAUAAGAAUUAUACUUGGUGUCCAGGUAUUGUUAUUUUAUUAUUUUAAAGGACUAAAUUGUUAAAAUUUAUAUAAAUAAUAAGGGAUUUAAUAAAAAGUAAAGUGCCAUUGUGGUGAAUAGUUUUGUCCUUAUUGUAAAGUGGAAAGUCAUUAUCCAAUAUCUUGUGAAAUAUUUAAGGAGAUAACAUAAUUUAAAGAAUCAAAUUAAUCUUGGACAACAUUAGAUAUUUCUAUAUGUCCUAAUUGUAACAGGAAUAUACAGAAAAUUGAAGGCUGUUUAUAAAUAUCAUGUGUAUGUGGAAAUAAUUUUUGUAACAAGUGUUAAUAGGCUUGGAAUAAAGAACAUGGAUAAAAUUAUUUUAAUUGUUCAUAUGCAUCUUAUAAUAAAAAUCCAUCUUAAAUAUUAAAUUAAUUGAGACAAAGGGAAUCUACAAUAACCAAGGAAAUAUUUUAAUUAUAAAAUUACUAAUAAUAAUUCAAUUAAAAAUAAUAUGAUUAUUAUACACGUCAAUUUUAAAUGGGUUUGCAUAAUUUAAUAAAAUUUAAGAAAUUUGAGAAAAUGUAUUAAAUUAUUUAAAUAUUUAGUGUUUAAUAUUUUACAUAUUAUUUAAAUGAAAAAUUUAAUGACGAUUAAUUAGAUCAUUAUUGUGAUAAAUAUUCAUUAGAAAUAAAUAAUUAUUAGAGAAUUCUAUUAAAUCAAUUAUAAGGUGUAAUUAUUAAUGACGCAGAAAUGAUAAAUAAUGAAAAGAUUGGUUUUAUUGAUUUUGUAAAUUUGAUUUCUUAAAUGGAUUAGAAUUUGAAAAUCUAAAAACAUUGUUUUAAAAAAUAUAUCAUUGAUAUAUAAUUAGAGAAACAAUAACAAUUAUAAUGA